AUGUCAAACUGUCCCUUAACCGAAUUGUCCAAAGAUUUUGGUCUGCUUCUUGAUAAUGGUUACAAUUCUGAUGUGAUCAUUCAAGCAGGAGAUGGAAACGAUAUUAAAGAAUUUCGUGUGCAUUCGCUUAUUCUGAGUGCACGAUCACAAUAUUUUCGCACUGCUUUAUCGAAUAUUUGGGCUCGAAAAAAAGGAAAUGAUGCCGUUCUCAAAAAACCGAAUGUUACUCCAAAAAUCUUUCAGUUGCUAUUAAAUUAUUUGUAUACAGGAGUCAUAAAUUUUGAUUCUUUGGAUGGAAUUAUAAUCUUACAAAUCUUAAUUGCUGCUGAUGAAUUAAACUUAGGUCCUCUUUUAAAUCGUGUUAAUGAUUACUUGAUUAGUAAACAUGCUGAAUUCUUACGAAAAGAUCCUGGUCAAAUACUUAAAAUCAUCUUUAAAUAUGAGUCUUGUUCAAAAUUAAGAAAUUAUUGCCUUGAAACAAUUAGUGAAUUUCCGGAAAUACUUUUUAGUUCGACUGAUUUUCUAUCUUUGGAUAAAUCAAUAUUUCUCCUUCUUCUUGAACGUGACGAAUUAAAAAUGGAAAAUAUAGAGAUCUGGAAAUAUAUGUUAACAUGGGGUGCCGCUCAAAUAUCAAAUACUUUCACCAUAAAUAAUGUAUCACAAGAUAUUUCUUGGUUAAAAGAUUUACUUCAAGAUAUCGAUAUUUCUUCGUUAAAAGAUUUACUUCAAGAUCUAAUUCCAUUAAUUAAAUGGCUUGAAAUUUCUUCUGCUGCAUUUUGGCAAAACGUUGUUCCUUUCAAAGAAAUUUUUCCGGAUGAUCUUUUAUGGGCUAUCAUAGGUUGUCAUCUUGAUCCUACUGAUGAAUCUAUCUUAAAAUCGUUACCUCAGAGAUGUUUAAAAAGUCUACCAUUAUUUGAUUCCGUAAUCUUUGAUUCCAAGCGUUUUUCGAUUAUCACAAGUUGGAUUGAAAAGCAAGAUAUAAAUCAUUUCGAAAAAAGAAACCUUCCUUACUCAUUCUCACUUUUACUCCGUUCUUCUCGAGAUGGUAUAUCAUCUGAUAAGUUUCAUCAGUUAUGUGAUAAUAAAGGUCCUAUCUUAAUGAUCUCAAAAAUUCGUCACAAUGGACAAAUAGUCGGUGGAUAUUGUCCAAUUGAUUUAAAACCUGGUUCAGUCGUGCGCCAACAUGAAAGUUGGUUGGCUUCACCUGAUAGCUUUGUAUUCUGCUUUACCAACACUAAUUAUUGUCUUUCUAGAGUUGUGGAUCCUCAAAAAGCUAUUCAUUAUAAUCCACAUACAUGCAUAGGAUUUGGUAAUCAAGAUAUCUUGCUUAACAACAACCAAAUACGUAGUCUUUCUGAAUCUUGUUAUUCGAAUGUUAGAAGUGUUUUACGAGGUACUCACCCUUUAGAUGAUUAUGAAGUUUUCCAAGUAAUUAGGAAAUGA